AUGACCCCCAUCGCUUCCCCCGCCGCGCCCCAUGUCCCCGCCUCUCACUCCGCCAGCCCCCUUCCGCCCCCGCCGCCUCCCGCGCCUUCCGCGGGCUUUGCGCCGCCGCGCAGCUCCCCCGCGCCGACCGCGCGGCUGUCGUUCGGCUCCGUGUGGCCCAAGGCGCGCGACGAGGCGAUCGAGGUGGCGAAAGAGUUCCCCAACGGCGACACGUAUUACGGCGGAUGGUUACUCGUCGGAGGCGGGUUACCACACGGCCUCGGUUGUUACACGUGGGCCGACGGGAGCGUGUACGAGGGGGAGUGGGUCAAGGGGCAGAAAAACGGGCAGGGAAUGUUUUUAUGGCCGUCCGGGGCGAGGUAUCAGGGGGAAUGGAAAAAAGGGCAGAUGCAAGGAGUGGGGACGUAUUGGGGCGCGGACGGAUCUUUUUACACGGGCAACUGGGCAGCCGGAAUAAAGCACGGGCUGGGCAGAAAAAUUUACCCUAACGGGGAUUCGUACGAGGGGUUCUGGAGCUGGGGCGCGGCGGAAGGUCCGGGGCGGUACAAAUGGCGCAACGGGAAUGAGUAUUUCGGGGAGUGGAAGGCGGGGACUAUGAGCGGAUUCGGCGCGUUUGCUUGGGCAAGUGGGGAUAGGUUCGAGGGGGAGUGGGAGGGCGGGUAUGAGCACGGCCCGGGCACGUUUGUAUGGGCGGAUGGGAGUCGGUAUGAGGGGACUUGGAGCCAUGGGUUGAAGGAUGGGAAAGGGGUGUUUUACCCUGCGGGGUAUAGGUCCGAGGAUGGGGUGCUUGGAGGGGGUAGAUCGGGGGAAGAGGGGGGGGAAGGGGCGGAGGCGGAGGUGGGGAGGUGGUCGAGUGGGGGAGAGAGAGAGUUUGUGCCGUGGGAUGGUGAGGGGAGUGGGGAUGAGGGGCGGAAGAUGGACGAGGAGGGGAGAGGAGGAGGGGGAGAGAGAGGAGAAGGAGAGAGAGGAGGGAGAGAGGAGGAGGAAAGGAGGGAAGGGCAAAGCGAGUGCGGUGCAGGGGAGGGUUGGGAGCAAGAGAAGGUCCCUAGGGCUGUAUCCCAUGAUAGCUAUGUUAGCAGCAGCAAGUACCGAACCUCCAAGACAGGUUCGGCAUUGGUCGGUGCCGCAGGCUUGGUAGAAGCCGGAGGAGGAGGAAAGGGAGGAGGGGAGGAGAAUGAAGGUGAGGAAAGGGAGGAAGGGGAGGAGAAUGAAGGUGAGGAAAGGGAGGAAGGGGAGGAAGGGGAGGAAGAGGAGGAGGAAGCAAAUGGGUCUGAAACAGAAGGGGACGAGGAGGAGGAGGAAGAGGAGGAAUCAGAUGAUUCUUCUGUUGAGGGUGACGGUGAGGGAAAGGAGGGCCGAGAGGAGAUGAGGAGAGCUGUGGGAAAGAGGGAAGUGCAAGUGGAAGGGGAGGAGGAAGCCAAAGAGGAAGGGGAAGGAAGAGGAAGGAUCAGAACAGAAGAGGGAGGAAUGCAGGCAGCAGAGGGGGUGAGCACGGCAGGAGGCGCGGGGGUGACUGCAGCAGUGGGCGUGGUUGGGAGUGCAGCAGGGGGCUUGGGAGGGAGUGCAGGUGCAGCGAAGCAGCAGCACAAGAUGGCAAGGUUGGUGACCAUGGGCCCUGUGCCAGGGCGCAGCGUGGCUUACCAUGAGCCGGGGCGGGGAGGGUCGGCGUCUUCUGAGCCGGGGCGGGAAGGGUCGGCGUCUUCUGAGCCGGGGCGGGGAGGUUCGGCAUCUUCUGAGCCGGGGCGGGGAGGUUCGGCAUCUUCUGAGCCGGGGCGGGGAAUGGUAGGGUAUCAAGAGCCAGGGAAAGGGGUGGCAAGUGAAGAGGUGUCUCGAUCAGGGCCGCUGUGCAUUCGAGUCGCUUCUGACACUGCUGGCGUGCGAGCCGCGCCUCUCCUCUCACCUCUUUUCCUCACACCCCCCCACUUUUUGUCCCCAUCUCUUCUCCCAUGCGUGCAGGUGGUGAGGGUUCAGCAUCAGCAUCACUCAUCACCUCCCCCAUGUUCAGCACGAGCCAGUCACUGGGACCCACAGGGGCAGGGCCGGGGGGCAGCAGGGACAGGGAGUGAUGCUGAUUCCUCAUCACCUCCCCCAUGUUCUGCACACACCGCUUCUCCACUUCCCUUCCCCACCUCCCCACCCCCGCCUCCCAUACGUGCAGGCGGCGAGGGGUCAGCAUCAGCGUCGCUCAUCACAUCUCCCAUGUUCAGCACGAGCCAGUCAGUGGGGCCCACUUCCACAGGGGCAGAGCCGGGGGGCAGCCGGCCGAAGCCAAGCACCAGGAGGAGAGGCGCUUCUUCCAUAUCUCUUUUCCUCAACCCUUUCCCUCACUUCUUCUCUUUGCUUGCAGGUGGCGAGGGGUCAGCAUCAGCGUCGCUCAUCACCUCACCCAUGUUCAGCACGAGCCAGUCAGUGGGGCCCACAGGGGCAGGGCCGGGGGGCAGCAGGCCAAAGCCGAGCACGAGGAGGGGAACGGUGUUGGUGAGGGAGUAUGUGCAAGGGGUGCUCGUGUCCGAGACAGCUAAGAGCGACAAGACGCGGAGCAAGGGGCCGAGGCGGGAGGGCAAGAAGGCGGGCGAGUUGAUAUACAAGGGCCAUUUGUCCUAUGACCUCAUGCUCACCCUGCAGCUCGGCUUGCGUUACUCCAUAGGGCGCAUGGGGCUGGAUUCUGUGCGGGAGUUGAGGGAGAGCGAUUUCUCCCAGCAUGCGGGGCCAAGGGCUGUGCGCUUCCCCCCGGAGGGCUCUCAGAUCACUCCCCCGCACCAAGUCGCUCCCUUCAAGUGGCGGGACUUCUGCCCUGCCGUUUUCAGGGAGCUACGAGCACUGUUCGGAGUAGACCCAUCAGACUACAUGCUCUCACUCUGUGGUGACACAGCACUGAGGGAGCUGUCCUCCCCGGGCAAGUCAGGCAGCGUCUUCUAUCUCUCCCACGACGACCGAUUCAUUAUCAAAACCAUGCGCCGAGCUGAAGUGCAUGUGAGUGUCAAGGGUUGCAGCAUGGACAAGGUGGCAAUCGACGAGACCAUGACGCUCAAAGACCUGGACCCUAGUUUUUGCAUUCUGACUCCACGGGGGCUGGAGAGAGCUGCUACUAAGGGUGUGCUCCUCUGUCUUGGCCUCAAGGGCUCAUCACAGGGGCGCAGCAUGGACAAAGUGGCAAUCGAUGAGACCAUGACGCUCAAAGACUUAGACCUCGACCUUGCGUUCCGGUUACACGGGGGGUGGAGGGACCUGCUCCUAAGGUACGAGUGCUUUGUUCGACCUCAAGGGCUCAUCGCAGGGGCGCAGCAUGGAUUAGUCUCCUCGAGGGAGUGCCUUGUGUUACCUCUCCACCUCACACCUCCCUCUGCACUGAUUGCACUGUUCCCCUUCUGCUUACACCCCUUCCCUCUUCAGGCAAAUGGCAGCGGAUUGUCACUUCCUGCAGUCCCAACGCAUCAUGGAUUACAGCAAAUGGCAGCAGAUUGUCACUUCCUGCAGUCCCAACGCAUCAUGGACUACAGUCUCCUCUUGGGAGUGCAUUUCCGAGCCACAGACCCGCCCCCCCCUAUAGUCACCAUCGCCGAAGGCAAAGUCACAGAGGCGUAUGAGGUGGUGCUGUACUUCGGGAUCAUCGAUAUCCUGCAGGAGUACGACUACACGAAGAAGGUUGAGCAUUUCUACAAGUCCAUUCAGUACGACAGCCACUCCAUCUCAGCCGUUGAUCCCACACUCUACGCGUCGCGCUUCCAGGACUUCAUCAAACUCACCUUCCCCACCGCUUGA